CGUAUGUUCUGCCGAAGCUGUAUACAAAGCUACACUACUGCGUCUCAUGCGCAAUCCACUCCAAGGUUGUCAGGAACAGGUCUAAGGAAGCGCGCAAGGACAGGACUCCGCCCCCGAGGUUCCGUCCCCCGGGUCAGGGAGCGAGGCCAGGGCAGCCAGGAGGUCCCGGUGGACCGGGAGGGCCAGGGGGCCCUGGAGGUCGCCCGACGUAAAGAUUGCAUAGUUUGUGUAAAAGCAAGAAAAAGCAUACCUGAAGCAGGUGAUGUGGAAGUAAAGUGACGAGAAAGUAAAAAUCUAUGAUCUAUCUUGCACAUUUA